UGUCACGGGCCAGCGCGAGCGGCCGUAAUGCGGCCCACACGCGCGCUCCACACUGGCGCGCAAAUCGCAUAAACACGCGCGCCGACGCAUACACGCACGGUGGGGUAGAGACGCUAAGCGACGAAGCGGUCCUACCUCCUGCAGGGGACCGUGUCACGUGGCCCCCAGGCCGUGUAGCAGCACGCAGCGCGCACGGGCUGUGCUCUCUCGUGAGCGGCGCACACAACACCAGUCAGAGACGAGCCGAGAGACCGGGCGCAGAUCGCACUCUCUCCCAGGAAGCGCGUGCUUUCUCCCUCCCUCUCUCCGUCUCUCUCUCUCCUUUUUUUUAUCCAUCCCUCUCUGUCUGUCUGUCUGUCUGUCCGUUCGUUCGUUCGUUCGUUCGUUCGUUCGCCACCCAUCUUUCUCUCGCUCUCCCUUUUUCCCCAUUUCUAUCGCGUGUCGUGCCGCGACACGACGCGCCGUGCCUUGCCGUGCCGUGCCUCGUCGCGCUGCGCUACAUCAGCUACCGAUCCGUUGUAGCCACCCCCGAAACGUCUCGUUUGCGUCUCUUUGGCUGGAUCAAGCUGUACAAGCUGCCGAGGACCGCCAACUGUUGGAGCAUCGUCAAGCAUCGUGACGAGGAGCAGCGUGAAUAUCAAUCGCCAGCGUUGCCGACGAGACGACAGGAUUCUAUCAUCUAGUCAGUGUCCGUGGAAAAUCGGAUCAGCUGUGAUAAUGUGCGAAACUUAGUGCUCGUCGGGAGGGUUGGAAUUCCCGAUCCGCGUGAGUGAACGCACGAACGAACACGCGAUGAACAGAGAGAACUGGUCAGUGAAGUUUCGAGACGCGUUAGCGAUAUACUUCUGUGUAUAGUCGUACACACGUACACGCGUGAAGAGAAGGAGGAAGAAAGUUGCUAAACAAUCCGACGCAAUCAUGGUUACCUUGGACACGGAGCAGAAGCCCGAGAGGCAGCACUGCGAGCGUCGCAUGUGCGCCAUUUGCAAACGCAUCAAGCGCGACAGAG